CGAACAUAUACGAGUUCGACCGAAUGUGAUGACGUAGUUUUCGUAGGCGACGCGCACAGCUAGUGUUGUUAGCGCGCUAAUGGAAUCCCUGUCUACGCGACAUUAAACCAUUGGCUUUUUUUUGUACGACUUCAGGCACCACAAAUCCAAUUGAAAUGGAAAGCGAAGCAUCUGACAUAGAUCCUGCACCCGGACCAGAAUCCGGCAGUAUGGAUGUGGAGAAUGCACCACUGUAUUGCAUUUGCAGAAAAUCGCACAUCAAUGGUUUCAUGAUUGGCUGUGAUAACUGCAACGAGUGGUUCCAUGGCAACUGUAUCAAUAUCACGGAGAAGAUGGCCAAGGCUAUCCGGGAGUGGUACUGCAUGAGCUGCAGAGAUGAAAACCCAUUCCUGGAAAUAAAGUAUAGAAAAGAGAAGAAGAACAGAGAGAGGGAACCGGACUCUGAUAGGACGGAACGACAGUACAGCACCCCAAGCACUCCAGACUACAGGAGUGAAAGGCGGCGUGGAUCAAAAGUGAAGCGUUCUGUUCGAAUGUGUGGUGAAUGUGAGCCAUGCCGAAGGACGGAGGACUGUGCCCAGUGUGACUUCUGUAAAGACAUGAAGAAGUUCGGGGGUCCCAAUAAAAUAAGGCAGAAAUGCAGAUUUAGGCAAUGUGAAGUCCGAGCAAGGAAAAUGCUACGUGUGAAAGAAGAGGAAAUGUCUUUACGAGAGAGAAGGGACAACUACCACCACAGACGCAGACGCUACUCUGAAGACUACGACAGCGAGGUUGAUCUCUACCGCCAAUACAAAGCAGCGGGGAUCAACAACAACAUGGCGUGGGGGACUGACGACGACGACGACGAGCCACCUUUUAGUUCUGUCGUGCGAAAGAAAGCCGUGAAGGUGAAACAUGUCAAAAGACGAGAAAAGAAGUUUGACAAGAAAAAAGAGUCCCGGCGCCACAAGCAGAAGCAGAAGCACCGAGACAGAAAUCGACACAGUGAGAGGGGCGAUGUGCGCGAUCAUGGAGGGCGACGUCAGUGUCUUGGGCCAAACUGCGUUACGUCUGCAAAAGUCAACUCCAAAUACUGCUCCGAGGAAUGUGGCAUGAAGUUAGCUGCCAAUCGAAUUUAUGAAAUCCUCCCCCAGAGGAUCCAGCAAUGGCAGCAGAGUCCCUGCAUUGCAGAGGAGCACGGGAAGAAGCAACUGGAGCGCAUUCGCAGGGAGCAGCAGAACGCACGCUUGCGUCUCACCGAAAUGGAGCGCCGCUUCCACGAGCUGGAAGGCAUCAUCGCCAAGGCCAAGCAGCAGGUGGUGCAGCAAGACGAGGAGGUGAAUGAAGGGGAUGGUGAAGACACAGACCUCCAAAUUUUUUGCGUGUCCUGCAGCCAUCCUGUCAAUCCAAAAGUGGCACUGAGACAUAUGGAGAGAUGCUAUGCAAAGUACGAGAGUCAGACCUCCUUUGGUUCCAUGUAUCCUACAAGAAUCGAAGGAGCAACCAGACUUUUCUGUGACGUGUACAAUCCCCAAAGCAAAACGUACUGCAAGAGGCUUCAAGUUUUGUGUCCAGAACAUUCCAGAGACCCUAAGAUUUCUGUGGACGAGGUGUGUGGUUGUCCCUUGGUGAAAAACGUCUUCGAGUUGACAGGAGAAUACUGCAGAGUUUCCAAACGGAAAUGCAACAAACAUUACAACUGGGAAAAGCUCAGGAGGGCUGAAGUGGAUUUGGAGCGAGUCCGAGUGUGGUACAAGUUGGACGAGCUCUUUGAACAAGAACGGAAUGUCAGGACUGCUAUGACCAACAGAGCCGGUCUACUGGCACUGAUGCUGCACCAAACCAUUCAACACGAUCCCUUGACGACUGAUCUUCGUUGUAACAAGGAUAGAUAGUAGUAUCUAUUGCUAUACAUAUGGUCGGACAAGUAGAAACGUGUUUACCAGUUUGACUUCAAUGAAAACUGAUUUUCAAUUGGAAUAAUUAUUUUUAAAUAUUUUUAUUCAUAACUAACUUAAAGUGAUAUAUAUUUUCCUGACUUUAGUAUAGGAACUAGUGAAGUUUUUGCCAUUAAAACUGUAAAUCAGGGUUUCCACUAUAUAUUAUAAGAUAAUAUAAGGGGCCACUUUGUUAUUUUUGUAUUUAUAUUUGUAUCAUGUAAAAAGGCUAAAAAAAAAAAAAGGUCAUGUAUAUAUUUAAAGAUAGCGCUUUUUGUUACUAUGGAUAUUGGUGUCAUAAUUUCAGUCUUUUUUCAUUUCUCCGUUUACGUAAGAUAAUUUUGGGGUUUAAUUUAUUUCUGCAAUGUGCCCGCAGACCAAUAAAAAAAACAUUACGGGCCGCAGAGCCUUGCCCGAAAAUAAACUCCUUAAAAUGCC